AUGUCUGAAGAUUAAUCUAUUUUUAGCAAACUUUUAGCAAAAGACAAACUCAUAGAAGAGCUUAGUGCUUAGGUUAAGAUACUGUAAGAUGAAAAAACUUCUUUAGAGUACAUGCUAAUGAAAUCUUCUGAGUAGAUUAGAAAGAUAUAAGAUGAAAAUGAGACUUAAGCUAGCAAUAGAAGUGAUAUUUAUAGAGAAUAAGAGAAAUUAAAUGCUGAUAUAGAACUGUUAAAGAAAUAAGUUUUACUUGAAAGAAUGAAUGCUUAAAAUUAUGAAAACAUAAUUAAUAGCUAAAAUUCAGAAAUUUAGAAAAAAAACGAAUACAUCUUAAAAUUAUCAGGAUCUAUUAACAAUGCUUAUAAUGUGAUUAAAAUAUAUUAAAAUUUUGAAAAAUAAAAAAAUGAAUGUGAAGAAUAGCUUAAGAAGUAAAAAAAGAAACUUAAAAAUAGCAAGAAAGAACAAGAAAAAAUUAGAUAAAAGUUAGCAGAUUAUUGUGAUAUUUAAUAAUGUAAUGGUGGAGAUUUUGAUGCUGCAUAAAAAUUAGGAGAAAUAAUUCAGGAUAUUUAGAAUUUGAAAAAAGAAAAGUAAAUUUUAUAGGAUCAAAUAGAAGUUUUAAAUAGCGAAAGCUUAAAAUUAAAGAAGGAAUGUGAUGAAUAAAAAAAUAUAGCUAAUGCUUUAAAUAAAAAAAUAUCUUAUUUGAAAAUAGAGAAUUUGAGUAUAAAAAAUAAGCUUGAACAUGCAAAUAACGAUUUAAGACAUUUAAACUCAUCUUAAUCUCAAGAAAGGUAACAGUCUACUUUAAAAGGUGCUUAAAAUAAUAAUAGCUUUAUUCAAAGAACUAAAUCCUUAGAUAAUAGUUUUAAUAAUUACAACUAGAUAUAAAAAUAUAAAACAGAGGGAUCUGAUUGUAUUUAAAGAUGUUGCUUUGAAUCAAAUUAUUUUUCAUAAGGAAACAUGUAAAGCUUUAAAACAAAAAUAAAUUCUUGUUCUCCUACUCCUAUUGAUAACAACAGUUAAAACAGAAAUUAUUUAACGAUUAAAAAUAUCAGAGAGUUGUAUUAAAAUAAACAUUUAAAUUUGAUGAGCUAAGCAACAGAUUUAUUUUCAACUGAAAAACUCAAUUAUGAAAGCAAAAAAGGCUGCCUAAAUUAAUCUGAUACACAAAAUAUUAUAGGUCUUUAAUAAGAAGUAUCAGAAAAUCUAUCAAGAUAAAAAUCAAAUUCAUAAAUACUAAAUAACUCAUUCAAUCAAUCAAGAUAGUAUAAUUCAUGUAAGCAUACAAGAGAAAAUUCAGGCUAACUUUAAAGCAAUAUCAAUCAAGAUUUUAUUAAUAAUAAUAUUUUGAGCAAUAACAAUUAAAAUAACAAAAAUAGUAAAUCAGAAGAUGUAUUGAAAUAAAUUUUAUUAUAAAUAGAAGAAUUAAUAUUAAAGGAAAAAGUUGAUAAAAACUUGUUUAAGAAUGAAGUAGAAUCUAUUAUUGAGUUAGAGUUGGCUCAAGAUGAUAAAAUUAUGCUGAAUUCCAUAAAUUAAAUUAUAAAAAAUGUUACAGAUUUAUAGGUUUGGGAUAGCUUUAGUGUUGCUUUGUUAGUUUAAAAGCUAAGAAGCUUAAUUUAAAUAAUAUUAGCUAAGUUAAAUAAAACACUAAAGUUAAACUCAUAGUUGUAGCAGCUUAUUUCAAGUAAUAAUCCAACUCAUCCAAAUAACGAUGUUUCUAUUAUUGAGAAAGACAUACUUUCAGGGUUUUCUUAAAUAAUUGAGCAAGUAGGAGGUGUUAAAGAGGAGGAUCUUUCAGAUGAUCAAAAAUCAAGAAAAAUACAGCUAAGUUUAAAUACUAAUCAUAUUUCUAUAAUAAAAGAAUUAGAAGAACCAUAAACUAGCAAAUUAACAGAUGAAACAAUUCUGAUUGAUAAACUAGGUAAAGAAUAAGACUUCUAAAAAUUCGGGUCAAAAAUAAUUUAAUAAGAUGAUAUUAAACACUUAUUAACCGAAUUAUAAGAGUUAAACUAAUCAACAGAUUACAACUAAUAUGUUCAAUUCUUUAUAAAUAGAAAAAAAAAUUAAAGUAAGCAAAAACUCUAGUUGCCAAAAUAAAACUAAUCAAACUAAGAAAAUUUGCAGGUAAAUUAAGAAAAGACUACAAGUUAGUUAACCACAAAGAAUGAAAAAGAAACUUAAACUAAUUCAGUCAUUUGUUAGUGUGCAAUAAACUAAAACUAAGAUAAAAAAGAAAAUAAAAUGAAUAAUCAAUAAGAAAUUUAUGUAAAUAAAUUAAAAGAACAAAUGCAGCUCUAAUUUUCUAAAAAAGUAAAAGAACUUGAGUAAGUCUUGCUCUUGAUAAAAAGCUUUUUAAAUGAUGAAAAAGAAAAUGUUUUCAAUAAUAAUAUAAAUGGUGAAUCACAUUAAAUAAAUAACUAAAUGCAAGACAAGCUCUAAAAAAUAUAUCAAAGCAAUCCUAAUCUAAAGCCCUUCAUAUAAAAUUUUAUAGAUAAAAUUAGCAGCCUCAAAGAAAUUAACUAAUAAUUAUAGCUUGAAAUUAAAAAAUAUUAACUUAGUAAUAAACACAUUAAGCAAUUAAGAUGA